CUGCCCUCCCCUGUUUCGUGACACUUUACAGUCCCCCUGCACAUAACAGCAACUGCCGGAAUAGACUUAGCAAUAUCCAAUCAUCUACUGCGGGGAGAUGUAUUUACCCGUCAAUGCUCGGUUCUACUUGCUUUUAGCCGGUUCGGAAUACUCCGAGAUCUUGAUUGGAGAACAAGCCCAGUCAUUGUGGCAUGUUCCAGAUAUUGACUUGGGACUGGACAGGUUAUCUCCCCGUGUCGUGAGUUUGCGGAGUGAACUUGCGGGGAAGUUCAAGUUGACAAGGUCAACUGCGUCACUUGACUUAUUUAGCCGUCAAUGUUUGUGCUUAUUCUUCCUGGGAGUAUAUAUAAUUCGCAGCUCAAAAAAAAUUGAGAGAUGCAAGAGGUCCAGGAUCUUGAUGGCUAAAUAAAUCUUUGGGGUAAAUUGGUAAUGCAUUUGGGUCAAAUUGUGGACUACAAAUGUAUCACAGCUUGAUUGUUCGGCAUGAAACUCGGCUUUCCUUAUUGUGAUGGGGUGACAGCUUCGCUUGUCGAAAAACAUCAGCUGUCAACAUCACAGUGAUUACUAUUUAUUUGACAAAACGGAUC